CGCACCGCUCGGCUCCGCGCCCUCCGCCGCCGCCCAUGGUGCUGCCCGGCCCGCCCGGCAUGUCCCGCUCCGAGGAGGUUCAUCGCCUCACCGAGAAUGUCUACAAGACAAUCAUGGAGCAGUUCAAUCCCAGCCUCAGGAAUUUCAUUUCUAUGGGGAAGACCUAUGAAAAAGCCUUAGCAAGUAUGACAUAUGCAGCAAAAGGAUACUUUGAUGCUCUGGUUAAGAUGGGAGAGUUGGCCAGUGAAAGCCAAGGAUCUAAAGAGCUGGGAGAUGUGCUCUUCCAGAUGGCAGAGGUCCACAGGCAGAUCCAGAACCAGCUGGAGGAGAUGCUCAAGUCCUUCCACAACGAGCUCCUGACGCAGCUGGAGCAGAAGGUGGAGCUGGACUCCCGCUACCUGAGUGCUGCGCUGAAGAAAUACCAGACAGAGCAGAGGAGCAAAGGGGACUCGCUGGACAAGUGCCAGGCGGAGCUGAAGAAGCUUCGGAAGAAGAGCCAAGGCAGCAAAAACCCCCAGAAGUAUUCUGACAAGGAGCUGCAGUACAUCGAAGCCAUCAGCAACAAGCAGGGAGAGCUGGAGAACUACGUGUCCGAUGGCUAUAAGACAGCUCUGACAGAGGAGAGGAGACGGUUCUGCUUCCUGGUGGAGAAGCAGUGUGCGGUGGCCAAGAGCGCCAUCACCUACCACGCCAAGGGGAAGGAGAUGCUGACACAGAAGCUGCCUCUGUGGCAACAGUCCUGCUCAGACCCCAACAAGAUCCCAGACCGGGCUAUACAGCUGAUGCAGCAGAUGGCUGCCAGCAGCAAUGGCACCAUUAUGCCCAGCCCUCUGUCUACAUCCAAAUCCAACCUCAUCAUCUCUGACCCCAUCCCUGGUGCCAAACCUCUCCCCGUCCCCCCGGAGCUGGCACCUUUUGUAGGACGCAUGUCGGCACAGGAGGCCAUGCCGGUGAUGAACGGAGUCUCAGGCCCAGACAGUGACGGGUACAACCACUGGUCUGAGAUGAAGCCAGCACAGCCCAAAUCUUUAUCUCCUCCCCAGCCUCAGAAGCAGCUGAGUGACUCUUACUCCAACACACUCCCAGUUCGCAAAAACGUGCCACCGAAAAACAGCUACACCUCAGCCGAGAACAAGACGCUGCCACGCUCCAGCUCCAUGGCCGCAGGGCUCGAGAGGAACGGCAGGACGAGGGUACAGGCCAUUUUCUCUCACGCUGCUGGGGAUAACAGCACCCUCCUGAGCUUCAAGGAGGGUGACCUGAUCACGCUGCUGGUGCCCGAGGCCAGGGACGGUUGGCACUACGGGGAGAGCGAGAAAACCAAGAUGAGGGGCUGGUUUCCUUUCUCCUACACGCGGGUCCUGGACAGCGAUGGCAGCGAGCGGGUGCACACGAGCCUGCAGCAAGGGAAGAGCAGCAGCACCGGCAACCUCCUGGACAAAGACGACAUCGCCAUCCCACCGCCUGACUACGGCAUGGGCUCGCAGGCAUUCCCGGCGCAGGGCAGCGGCGCCUUCAAGCAGAGGCCGUACAGCGUGGCUGUGCCUGCCUUCUCCCAGGGUCUCGACGACUACGGGACGAGGUCUGUCAGCAGAAACCCCUUUGCCAACGUCCAGCUGAAGCCAACAGUGACCAACGACCGCUCGGCUCCGCUCAUCAGCUGACGCGGCUGUGCCGGGGCCCCGCGGCACUCGCGGCUGCACGUCCGGCUCCCCGGGACUUCGGCUGUAGGCAGAGUUCAUUUAACCU